AUGGCCCCAACGGUGAUCCUCGUCCGCCACGCUCAGGGCCUCCAUGACCCCGAACUGACCGAACUCGGCCGGGAUCAAUGCCGGCAAGUUCGCGACAAACUUGUCCCCCGCAUCCCAAAAGACUUUGACGUCGGCCUAAUCAUCGUCAGCCCCAUGAAGCGCACAAUCCAGACAGCUUUGCUCAUGUUCGGGGAGCUCAUCGAGAGAGGCGUCCCCAUCAUGGCUCAUGCCGGAUGGCAAGAAAACGGCGUCCAACCCUGCGACAUUGGGUCUUCUAUCGACGAGCUCAAGGCCAUGUUCCCGCAGGUCGAUUUCUCGCAGGUUGAUCCUGUCUUCCCGGAUAAAUCUUCGCCAGAAGCAGCGUUUUAUCAUGAAACGAAGUCAGCUAUCAUCAACCGAGGGCAGACUGUACUCAUAGAACUUCGUGAGCGGCCGGAGAAGGCUGUUAUUGUAGUUUCACACUCGGGGUUCCUCAGAUUGGGGUGUACGGGGCAUUGGUUCAUGAAUGCUGAUUGGAGGGUGUUUGAGUUUGAGGAGGGGGAGGAGGUUAAGUUGAGGCAAUGGGAGGAGACCAAGGCGGGAGGAAUGGGCUGGAGCUGGGAGGAGACGGUCCCGUUGGGGCAUGGGUUGCCGGAGCCUUGA